AUGACCAAUAUCGGUUCUGUGAUGCAGACGGCGGCGCAUAACUUGCUGUGUCAGGGACGUACUUCCCUUGCAUUGUCCCUCAUCGUUAGCAACAUACAGACACCAAAUAUCAAAAAAUAUCAAAACCACCUAUCCUUGCCAGCUGAUCCAGCCCUGUCAAAGAAGAUGGAGGAGGAGAAGGAGAAGAAGGAGGGAAAAGGAGAAGAAUGA